AUGGACAACCGUCAACCGACUUCCCAGGCUGAGGAGCUGAACUCCCAGUCCAGCUCUUCAGGGUACCCCCUGGAGUUGACUGUCUAUGAAGAAAGCCCAGGACCGUCAGCUCCCUGGGCUGGUUGCAGCCCCCCGCCUCAGCGCCCCGGCUGUAAGAGGAAGAGGUCAGUGGCGUUCAGAGCGGAGGUGGAGGGCAACACGGCCGCUGAGGCCCAGGACACCUGGGUCGUGGAGUUGCUGAGUGGGCUCAAGAUGAAGCUGAAGCGACAACGGGUGUCUUCAGUGCUGCCUGAGCACCACGAGGCCGACACCUGGGUCGUGGAGUUGCUGAGUGGGUUCAAGAUGAAGCUGAAGCGACAGCGGGUGUCUUCAGUGCUGCCUGAGCACCACAAGGUCUUCAAGUGGAUGCUUGAGGAUCCCGUCGUUAAGAAAUUCCUCGCCUGGGACAAAAACCUGGAAGUAUCUGACAAGUAUCUCCUGUCGAUGGUGAUAGCGUAUGUCAGCCGGGCCGGGCUCUUCUGGCAAUUCCAGAGAAUCCAUUUCUUCAUAGCUCUCUAUGUGGCCAGCGAUACGGAAGAGAACAACCAGGCCCCCAAGCAGGCCAUCGUUUCGUUCCUCUAUGGAAAGAACAGCUCGCAGCAUGCCUUGUUCCACAAACUGCGUUCCCAGUUCAUCCGUUCCAUGGGCUGGAAGACAUGGGUCACUCGGGAAGAGUGCGAGCAGAUCCAGGCUUUUGAUCCAGAGUUCUGGGUGUGGGGAAGAGAUCGCACCCUCUUGCCCCAGAGGCCCCAGGACCACGCAGGCCUAAGGUCAUCGGCCUGCGCAAAGAUCACAGAGCCCAGGAGAGAUGAGGAUGUUCAACAAGAGGUCAAUCCAGACACUGACGACAGCCGUGAAGAAGGAAGGGAGAAGCCUCUUGUGCAGAUCAUCGAGAAGAAGCCAGCAUCUUCUAGAAUGAGCGGAGGCCAGUUUUCGUGUUAUACUCCUAGGAGCGGGAUUGUUCAAGAGUACCGUGCGAUGCAGCUUUUGGGGAACUACAAUAAAGAUGAAAGUCUUCUCAUAGGCAGGAUGUGUGUGGUCAUUACCAGUCGGCUUCGCCUCUUUGCUGUCCAACGAGGUGUUGCUUAA